UCGAAGAUUAAGAAACAAAAAGAUGCACACCUGCUCACAUUCAUCUGAUUGUUCAAAGCUGGAAAAAUGUAAACGGCAUCAGAAAAUUCAUAAUGAAGAGAAAGAUCACACGUGCUUUGCAUGUGGGAAGAACUUUAAUACAGCUGGCCUCCUGAAGCAGCACCAAAGAGUUCACGUUGAAGAAAAACCUCACAAGUGUUCAUAUUGUGACAAGAGUUUCACUCAGUCUGGACACCUGAAAAUACACGAGCGAGUUCACACUGGAGAGAAACCGUAUCACUGUACUCAGUGUGGAAAGGGUUUCAGCUGUAAAAGUGGUCUCAACCGUCACCUGCUCGUUCACUCCGGAGUAAAGCCAUUUAGCUGUGUUCAGUGUGGUAAAGAUUUUCAUUUAUCAUCAAAACUUGCAGAACACAUGAAAAUUCAUACAAAUGCGAGACCUUAUGCAUGUUCACUUUGUGGAAAGUUUUUUACUCGACUGGAUCAUUGUAAACGGCACCAGAUAACACACACCAGUAAGAGAGAUCAUGUGUGUCGUGAGUGCGGGAAGAGCUUUACUAGAGCUGACACUCUGCAACAGCACCAAAGAGUUCACACUGGAGAAUUACCUCACAAGUGCUUAUACUGUGACAAGCGUUUCAAUCUGUCAGGAUCCCUGAAGGUGCACGAGCGGGUUCACACUGGAGAGAAACCAUACUACUGCCCUCCCUGUGAGAAGAGCUUCGGAUAUUUAAAAAGCCUUCAAAAUCACUUGAAGAAAUGUCACACGACGUCACAGUGA